AUGGCUACGCCCGUGUUCGUCGCUGUCGACACGCCCGACCUUGAGGCGGCCACGAGCAUGGUCGGCUCUCUCCAGAUGCCCGGGCUCGGCGUGAAGCUCGGCCUCGAGUUCUUCUGCGCCCACGGCGCCGCCGGCGUCCGCUCCGUCGUCGAGGCGGCGGGCUCCGCGCCGCUCUUCCUCGACCUCAAGUUCCACGACAUUCCGAACACGGUCGCCGGCGCGGUGCGCGCGACGGUCGGCCUCGGCGCCGCGCUGCUCAACGCGCCGCCCGUGCGAGAGCAGGUCGUCCGGCUCGCCAAGCUCGCCAAAGAGCGCGUCAUGACGCCCGCCCAGGCGAUGGCCGCCGGUGCCACGUCGCUCGUCGUCGGAAGGCCUAUCACGCGCGCAGACGAGCCGAGGGUUGCGGCGGAGGCGGAGAGGACACAGCAAGAGCAUCAGCAAGUGGCAUCUCAGCAAAUCAGCUCACUCAUCGGUGCGGACGGUGCACAAGAGUUUCAGCACAUUUCGUCAGGAGCCGCGAGGCGCGAGACCGAGUCCGACUCCACGAGAGGGAACAAGCCGUAA